AUGUUCAAUUGGGCCAGCUUGAGCCAACAUCCAAAGGUGAAAUGGGGCAGUGGCCCACGAAUCAUUGAUCCAGUGAACCCAACUAACAAUGUUGCCAAGCCCUUCAGGUCUUGGGGGCUCUUGAGAAAGUACGCUCGCAUUUCAUUGGAGAAGAUCAAGAGAUGUGAUAAAGCAUGGACACCAAAUGUCCACUGCAACUGUAAUGUGGGUAACUGGAGUGAUGAGGACGAUGAGAGCUUCCAAGAUGUGCCAAAGCUGUCGCCUCCUAAUCCCCAGGAAGCAUGUCGAGUCCUGAAAAAAAUGCAACUUCCAGGCCCAGCCGUGGAGAAGCUGCUGAAACAUGGCUUUAAGUCCUUGGAAGUUUUGUGCCGACUUGGUCGGGAGGCUGACUUUGUGGACGCGGGCAUGAACAAGGUGGAAGCACGCCUUUUGGCUGAAGCUUUGCAGAAGGGGGGUUGGAUCUUCCGAAAGUUGGAAGCAGAGGGCCGCUUGCCGCGUGACCGCGCCAGCACCUCGCCCCCGCCCGCACAAGCCAGAGCAGGUGUGCGCGGUACCGAAAGCGAUGAAGAAGGCGAACCAGAUCAAGUGACCCCGAACAUGUCGAUUCGAUUGAUGUGCUAUCCGGCAGGGUCGCCAGAUGCCAGAUGCCUUUUGUUUGGGACAUUGGUUCCUGUCUCGGCCGGCUUCGUCCCAGUAGAGCAGCUGCAGCCACUGCGUGAUCUAGUGAAGAGUAGGAACCGUCUAUUGAGUGUCAUCAACGUCACGAUACAUGAUUCAGAGCGCUGGUGGCUUGUUCAACUCGAGGCUGAAGGGGCCAGGCUCACAGUGACAGAUAGCCAUAGGAUAGUUUGUAUCGAGAAAGGACGUCGCCUUGACAAGCCUGCAAGGGACCUUGCCAGAGGAGAUGUGGUGCAGACCACUUUUGGAGAAUACAAGCUUUCAAGCGUGGAGCACCUUUACGAGCCUGCCAAGGUGGUAGAGCUCACAUUGAGUCCCGAUGAGGCCUUUGAGGCCUUCCAUCCUCCUGCAUCCAUCCUGUCCAAGGGGCAGGCGCAUAGCAGCCCCAGCAGACCACUGCCUGCAGCUGAAGGGGCAAGGUGCGACAUGCGACAUGUCCCAAGAUGUUCUUCUGCAGCCAGAAGUUGA